AUGAACUUGGACAUCGUCCCCAACUGGCUCAGGGUUUUAUGGGGCCUGUCACUCUCAUACAUCCUCUGUAACUUGAUAAGUGUUAUAGAGCAGUUUACCCUACUGUUCUUUCUACUUGUCAAUCAGACAGAGUACACCGAUAUCAUCCAAAAGACAAUCAGAGAUUGGAUCAACCUUGCCCAGUUAGCAGCUGUUCGUAAAUACAAGGUCUCCGCCUCGAUCAUAUACAUUGCACUCUUGCUGGUCUCUAUCGUCCCUGUCGUUGCCGAUACCAUUAACUAUUAUCUUACCAGCACCGGAGAGGAUACAGCAUACCGCAACUUCGGGCUUGAUAUCUUUGGCGGAUACCAUUACGGCUAUAUUCACCCGAAUCACGAGCUUCGCACUCGAACCCAGCUUCACUCCCUCAGUCAGACAGUUCUAGCCGCUCAGACUGUGAUCUUCCCUCUCAUCUUCCUUUUUGGGCUACCAUCCCUGAACAUUUUUAUAUAUGUAUGGUGGGCGGCAGUGGAUAAUAUGAUAUUUGCUUAUGUUCAGACUGGCUUGUAUUUCAAGAUAUAUUGUUACGAGCAGUUCUCUACAGAUCACGAGACACAACCUUUGCUCGCAGAAAGCGCGUCGGAAAGUGAAGAAUAG